UGCAAGUCUAUAGAACCAAACUAUAGGCUCUACAACACAAGGCUAAAUCCUUUGAGGGCCUACUGCGGUACGUGACACACGCAGUGUGUUUCUCCAUAGCUGCAGCAUAAGUUGUGCCAAACGAAGCUGGUGGGUUAACUUGUUCUCAAAUCUGUACUAGAUUUCAUCAGGAGUAAUGUCGACGAGCAAUCAUAGCGGAGGCAACUCUUUACCUCUUGUUUUGUACAUCCACGUGACCACCACCGAGACUCAACAGGAUACUCGGCAGAAGGUGUAUGAGAACAAGUCGGCGGCUGACGGCUUUCCGCAGUUCCAACUACGCAGCGAGACCGUGGCUGGUGGCGCGGUCUUCGAUCAAAUGAUGACGCUUUUUUGGACCCGCAUCACAGAGGAAGAUUUCCGGAGACUGCAGAUGAUCAUCAUCAAUGGAUAUGGUCAGACCAAUACAGGAUGCCUGGGAGACAGUGAAUUUACGGGAGCUUAUCUGAAGUUAAUUCUACUAUCACUUGUUCAUAGAUUUUCCCCAGAAACCAUCAACAAUUGGAAAGGGCAUGAGAUAGCGGUUGUGUGUGCCCAGUGUUACAGUCACGUAUUUGUCCAGCAUGCCAAGUGCGUGCCUGCCACCGAUCCUGUCUACCACUUUGUGCCCUUAACAACGGCUUACCAGCCCUACCUGAUCAACCCUGAACUACCGGAGAAAAUGCCCUUUGUCAAAUGGGACACCCGGAGUUUCUUGAAGAACCUGCUGCUUUCACCGAAAAGGAGCAUAAGUAGCGAAGACUACGUACUCGGACCGUCGCCUACUUCUCCCCGCACCCAUACUCCCAGGCCAGCCAGUCGGACUGCUAGUGACAUCACACAGUCACCCACGUCAAGCCCUUGGUAAUUUUUUUGGACUGACAAUAAGUUUGAGGGCACACAUAAUCAUUUUUAAUUAUUAACCAUCAAUUACCUGUUUUAAUGGUUACCAGUUAAAGCUUUUGUAAUACAUGUAAAACGUUCUAAAACAUCCCGAAUAUUUAUCACACACAGCUAAUGGUCAAACGGUCUUGUUUAAAUUUGAAAGUUUGUAUACAGUCACUUUCUAAGAAGAAAAAAAAGGAACAGAAUUCGUUGAUCUGUUUUGUUGAUCACGUGUUUCGUAUGAAGCAGAUCAUUUCUCGUUUGUACUCAUUCUCUGCCCAUAAUGGUUUAAUGAGAAAGACGAUUAAUUUACUUUCCGGGAAAGACUUUGAUAAUCUGUUAGAAAGCUGUAGCGUAGUUAAGAUCUGGGUCCUGUAAAUUUGGCCAUUUACAUAACACUGUAUGGGCAGAUGUCUAUUAACUUGAAGUUUAUAGAGGUAUUGGACCGACCUAUUUUGUCAUAGGAAGCAAGCUAUGGGACAGAGAGAACACCCCCAGCUUAUUAGUAGGCAGGAGGUCGUGGGUUCGAGUCCCACCCGAGUAAGCUUGU